GCCUGCUAUACUCACAACCAGAGGGAAAGCAGAGGUCAGGGGCUUCUCGGAGCCAUCUUCAGAGUCUGUCGCCAGGAAAGGUGAACAUGGGAGGACGGAAGAUGGCAAGAGAUGAAGCUGCCGCCUGUGGUUCGGAAGAGGACGCCCAGUCCCUGCAGGAGCCCAGGCUGAGGCUCAUCCUGGUGGGGAAAACAGGCGCAGGGAAGAGCGCCACAGGGAACAGCGUCCUGGGUCAGAGACGGUUCCUCUCCAGACUCAGGGACACGUCUGUGACCAGAACCUGCACCGUGGCCAGCGGGAGGUGGGCCAAGUGGCACGUGGAACUCAUUGACACCCCGGACAUUUUCAGCUCCGAAACCUCCAAGACAGACACGGGGUGCGUGGAGAGAGGCCGCUGCUACCUGCUCUCCGCCCCCGGGCCCCACGCGCUGCUCCUGGUGACCCAGCUGGGCCGCUACACCGCGCAGGACCAGCAGGCGGUGAGGAAGGUGCAGGAGCUGUUCGGGGAGGGCAUCCUGGAGCGAAUGGUCGUCGUCUUCACCAGGAGGGAGGACCUGGCCGGGGCCUGUCUGCAGGAUUACGUGCGCUGCACGGAGAAUCGCGUCCUGAGGGAGCUGGUGGCCGCGUGCGGGGGCCGCGUCUGCGCCUUGGACAACCGCGCCACCGGCAGGGAGCAGGAGGCGCAGGUGCAGCAGCUGCUGGCACUGACCGAGGGGCUGCUGAGGGCGCACGGGGGCGCCCACUACACCAACGAAGUGUACGGGCUGGCGCAGGCGCUGCGCUGGGCAGACCCCGAGGAGCGGCUGCGGAGGGUGGCCGCGGAGGUGGCGGCCCGCGUGCGGGGACCGCGGGGGGCCGGGCGGCUGGCCGCGCUGUGGGAGUGGCACAAGGCCCUGGGGAACCGCUGGAGGCUGGAUGUGGCCGUCCUGCUGGGGGGCGCGAUCCUGCUCUACGUGCUGCUCUGCAGGCGCCCAGGGUCCGAGGCUUUUGCUGACCUGAGUGACACAUAGUCCAGGUCUCAACACCUGCAGGUAACUUGGCAGGAGAGGAACGGAAGCCUUGAAGCUGGAGGGGGAAACUAACACUUUAUUCCAAAGGACUCCUGUAGUUUCAGACAUAGAUUCAAUGACCCAAAACUUUGAGCACUGCAUCAAUUUUGUAAAGGCUUAAAGUUCACUUUUUAAGUU